AUGUCGCGCCCCGAGGACACCCUCGCGGCCGACAUCCACUACAAUGACACCGAAGCCCGCAAGUACACCACGAGUUCCCGUAUCCAAAAUAUUCAGGCAUCCAUGACCCGCCGAGCUCUCGAGCUCCUCGACCUCAAGCAGCCCUCCUUCAUCCUCGACGUCGGCUGCGGCAGCGGUUUAUCCGGCGAAAUCCUCACCGCCGAAGGCCCCGAAGACGGCGGGCCUCACACCUGGGUCGGCAUGGACGUGUCACCCUCUAUGCUCGACAUAGCUCUCCAACGAGACGUAGAAGGCGACCUGCUCCUCGCGGACAUUGGCCAGGGCGUACCCUUCCGCGCUGGCUCCUUCGACGCCGCCAUCAGCAUUUCCGCGAUUCAAUGGCUCUGCAACGCCGAGAGCAGCGAUACCUCCCCCGAGGGCCGCCUCACCAGAUUCUUCAACGGUCUGUAUGCGUCAUUACGCAGAGGCGGUCGCGCCGUGUGCCAGUUCUACCCCAAGAACGACACGCAGCGCAACAUGAUUACUCAGGCAGCCGUCAAGGCCGGUUUCGGCGCCGGUCUGCUCGAGGACGACCCGGAGACGAAGAAUGUCAAGCUGUACCUUGUACUCACCGUCGGUGGCACUGCAGAGGGCGGCCGUGGAGGAGACAUCACAAACGUCGUCGACGGAAUGGACAAUGUCGAUGUCGAGGACGCGAGGAGGAAAGCCAGCCAGCAGAGCGGCAAGGGUGACAUCAAGAAGGGAAGCAAGGCGUGGAUCGUGAAGAAGAAGGAGCAGAUGGAGAGAAAGGGAAAGGUUGUCAAGUCUACCUCCAAGUACACUGGGCGCAAACGUAGAACUGCUUUCUAA